ACAUAAGCCUGUUAAUCCUAAUACAAUUAAAGAGGCAGAUUAUUUACUAAAAAUAUUUGUGAGUAAUAUGCAAAAAAAGGUCAAGGAAUUGGUGUGUGUACAAAUGUUAUUCAUUGUCACACUUGGCCCAAGAUGCACAAAUGUUUCAAUGUCACCUAGGCAGCAUGUCUGCUUACCCAUAUGAGAAUAUGAUGCGGUUAUUUAGAAAGUUUGGAUCCAGAAGUGGCAAGCAUGUUGGGCAGCAAAUAGUGCGUUGGUUACUGGCAAUGAAGAUGUAUAGACAGCCCACACAACUUAAUGGCUGGGAACUUGAUGAUGACAACCUCUCCUACCAAGUGGAGCUACGAAGAGUACACGAAAAUGGAAACAACAGACUUACCUCCACUCUUUGUGAAACAUUAUGAUUCCAAGAAACAAGUUGUGGAGUGUGAAAUUUUUGCACUCUCCUUAAAGUACCUGGAAAACAUUGUACGCUUGCCCAUGUAUGAUGAGAAACCAACAGAAACACAGCAGGCAUGCUUUGGAGUCAUAAAAAAGUUUUAUCAAAAUGAAGUGACUGGGGAAUUGAUGAUUGAGUAUAGUCCCAUUACCACCAGGAAUGAGAUAGUCCCAUUACCACAAGGAAGGCGGUAUGUUUAA